AUUUCCUUCUUCCUGGGUUUUUUUGCUUUCUGAAAUCAACCGCUCGCCUCGAAGGAGAAAAUGUCCCAUCAAACUGGAAUUCAAGCUUCUGGAGAGUUGAAAGACAUAUUUGCCAGAGCCAGGAAUGGAAAUUAUAGACUUCUGAAGAUUGUGAUCGAAUAUGAACAGCUUGUACUUGGGGACACCAAGCCGGCAUCUCAGAGUUGGGAGGAAGACUAUAAUACCUUAGUUCUCCCUCUUCUUGAUAAGGAUCAACCGUGCUACGUUUUAUACAGACUGGACUCCACUAACAGUCAAGGACACGAGUGGGUUUUCCUCGCCUGGUCACCAGACCACUCUCCUGUGAGAGAUAAAAUGCUUUAUGCUGCAACCAGGGCUACAGUGAAGAAGGAGUUUGGGGGUGGGCAUAUUAAAGAUGAACUAUUCGGCACUGUAAAGGAUGACCUUUCUCUGAGUGGUUACAAGAAAUACCUCAUGUCCCAGGCUGCACCUCUUCCUUUCAGUGCUGCUGAAGAAGAGCUGAGACAGAUUAAGCUCAGCGAGGUGCACACUGACAUCAGCGUGGACACCAAGCAGCAGACGCUGCAGGGUGUGGCUUUCCCUUUGCAUGGGGACGCCAUGCAGGCAUUGCAGAAGUUCAAGGACAAGAGGCUCAACUACGUCCAGCUGAAAAUUGAUUUUGCCAAGGAGCUCAUCAUGUUGUCGAAUACCGAGCUGACAGAACUGAAAGAUUUACCCAAGAGGAUUCCUAAAGACGCUGCACGCUACCACUUCUUCCUUUACAAGCACUCACAUGAGGGAGAUCACCUGGAGUCUAUAGUGUUUAUUUACUCGAUGCCUGGCUACAACUGCAGUAUUAAAGAGAGGAUGCUUUACUCCAGCUGUAAGAAUCCUCUCCUAGACAUGGUGGAGAACAACCUGCAGAUGGAAGUAGAGAAAAAGCUGGAAAUCGAUAACGGGGAAGAGUUGACGGCUGACUUCCUAUAUGAAGAGGUCCACCCCAAACAGCAUGCGCACAAACAGGCGUUCGCUAAACCCAGAGGUCCUGCCGGAAGGAGAGGAGAUCGCAGGAUCACUCGACAUCCUGGAGAUGGCGAGGAAGCUGACGAUUAAACGCACAUCUGACCGCAUUCCCUCUUUUCCCUGUACUCCAGUGGAACAUUCCAAACAAUGGAGGCCUGUUUUACACAAAGCUAUCUACCUUUAAAAAAGAAAAAAAA